ACGAGGUGGCCCGGCCCGGCCAGGACCCUAGGUUUCUUUUGCGGCUCCGGCAUAAUCGAUUGCGAAACGAAACAGGUUUUCAUGGUGGACUUGUCUUCUCCGUCCGAGCUGGUCAGGGGAGCGGCUAACUAGAGAUUAGGAUUCUGCCGGCUCCAUUAUUUUUGCUCUUCGCCGGACGGCGGUAUAAGACGGGGUUACGAGAGUGGCGUGGAAGAGGUGGAUGGUUAUGGGAGCCACGGCCUCCAAACUCGAAAAGGCACUCGGAGACCAGUUUCCCGAAGGCGAGAGAUACUUUGGACUUGAGAAUUUCGGCAAUACUUGCUACUGCAAUAGCGUGCUGCAGGCGCUUUAUUUUUGCAUUCCUUUCAGAGAACAAUUACUGGAGUAUUAUUCAAAUAACAAAAACGUAGGUGAAGCUGAUGAAAAUCUGUUAACAUGCCUGGCAGAUCUUUUCAAUCAGAUCAAUUCAUCAAAAAAGAAGACUGGUGUGAUCGCCCCAAAGCGGUUUGUGCAGAGAGUUAAAAAACAAAAUGAACUUUUUCGCAGCUAUAUGCAUCAGGAUGCUCAUGAGUUUUUGAAUUUCUUGCUAAACGAGCUUGUCGACAUUUUGGAGAAAGAGGGAAAUGCUUCGACGGAUUCUCCUGGAACCUCAUCACAAGUAGAAAAGAAUGUAAAUGGGCCGGUUCAUCCACAGGAGAAUGGUGGUAAGAAAGAACCUCUCCUUACAUGGGUCCAUAAAAGUUUUCAGGGUAUUUUAACUAACGAGACAAGAUGUCUGAGGUGUGAAACUGUGACUGCUAGAGACGAGACUUUUUUAGAUUUAAGUCUUGACAUUGAGCAAAAUAGUUCCAUCACAAGUUGUCUCAAAAACUUCAGCUCGACUGAGACUUUGAACGCCGAGGACAAGUUCUUCUGUGACAAAUGCUGCAGCUUGCAAGAAGCUCAGAAAAGAAUGAAGAUAAAGAAGCCGCCAAACAUCCUCGUGAUUCAUCUCAAGCGCUUCAAGUACAUAGAACAACUUGGGAGGAACAAAAAGUUGUCAUACCGUGUCGUUUUCCCCCUCGAGCUGAAGCUCAGCAACACUGUCGAGAAUGCUGAUUCCGAGUAUUCUCUCUUUGCUGUUGUCGUUCAUGUUGGAAGUGGGCCCAACCAUGGGCACUAUAUUAGCCUUGUUAAGAGCCACAGUCAUUGGCUGUUUUUUGAUGAUGAGAAUGUAGAGAUGAUGGAUGAAUCUCAUGUUCAAACUUUCUUUGGUUCAGCACAGGAGUACUCUAGCAACACUGACCAUGGCUACAUCCUCUUCUACGAGUCUCAUCCUGGCGUUGUUGGGACGUAGGAUUUUUUUGUAAUUUUUUCUUUUUUCUGGGGGCUUAUGUAAUUUUACAUUUUUAGCAAUGUUUCUUAAUUUGUUUACCUUUUGUCACAUGGCAUAAAAUUGAAAAACCUGGAAGGGUAGAUUUGAUAAGUUUAUUUUACAUGUCUUUUGGUGUACAGUAAAUGUUAGUGUGACUCCA